GAGACUCACCUGGAAGGCCAGCAAUUCUCUUGGUUGACUACGAUUUUCUACGAGACGCCUGGUAAUUACCUCGUCCAGAAGUUCCAUGUUGGUCGGUUUCUAGGCAUUUGCAUCUUCAUUUGGGGAAUCAUCGUCCUCUGCAUUGGCUUUGCUGACAACCUCACUGAACUCAUUAUUCUUCGAUUCUUGCAAGGUACUUUCGAGUCCACUAUCUCUCCAGCCUUCCUUUCCAUCACGGGCUCAGUCUAUAUCACCAAGAAGCACACGCUUCGUGCCGCGAUUUGGGGCACCGCAAAUGCUGGAAUGAACGCCAUCACUGGUCUCAUCAACUAUGGUAUUGGUGACGCUGCAAACGAUCCUCCUAGCGGGCUCAGUGCCUGGCACGGUAUUGCAUUCUGA